AAAUCAAAUAUUUCGUUUUGGAAAAGGAAACGGUUUUUGGUUGCGGUUUUGAUAGAAAAAUGGAUUUGUAGACGAGUUUCGUGAAUAGUGUGUUUAUUCAAUUGAAAUUAUUGUAUUACUAGCUAAAUAUUUUCUUAGAAAUCCAAAUAUGGAGCCAAUGAACUUAGGGAGUCCAACUCACUCUCCUUCGGGGAGCCCGAAUGUGGGGUAUCUACCUCCAUUUCUUUUGGGUGAAAUCAACCCUCCAACGACCCCGAGAACUAAUAGCUUAUCACCAACGAAAGGACGGAGCCUUGCUUUUGGAUCACCAACCAGCCCAACUCAGACUUCAACACCGGACCAAAAAAUGUACCGUCCAAACGUGUCAAUGCAUCAACAAGCUUUGUACAACCAGCAAAAUAUGUUUACAAAUAUCCCAACUUCUCCUAACAUAUCUUAUUCUAGUAAACCCAAUGGUCCCCCAAUAGAGGAUCUUUUCGAUACUAUAAAGAGUAAUGAACCAAAUAAGUCUGUGUAUCAAGAUCAAAGUUUCUUUGGCUAUGGGAACAACAAUUCUUUGAUGCAGAACUCUUAUGUAAAUGCAUCGUUAAAUAAUCAGUCACUUACAACGCACUGGCAAGAUGGAUGUCAAGACCAAGAUGAAUACUGGGUCACUAUAUUUGGUUUUCCACCAAAUGCAGCUAACACUGUGUUAGCUAGAUUCAGCAACUGUGGUGCUAUCUUAGAUAAGCAGUAUCCCACACAAGGUAAUUGGGCCCAUGUUCGGUACGCAACUAGAGCAGAAAAGGAGCGAGCAAUGGCAUUAAAUGGCCGACAAAUUCUACCUGGAGUAAUGGUUGGCGUAGUUGAAUGCAAAGAACCACCCAGAAUGACCAUAUCUAAUCCUGGAAUAACCUCACCCGAAAGGUAAUUGCUGUGUUUUCAUCAAAGAACAAUAAUUGAUGAAACUAAUUUUUAGACAUGUUUGAACCACACUGCCUAAUAGCUGCCGUAUGAAUGGGUUGACUCGGCCGGGAAAGAACAACUCUCACAGAAUAUUAGUAUGUAUAAUAGUACAAUUCUCAUCACCCCUUAUUAACUUACUAUCAGAAACACUGCUGCUGUGUUUCUGAUAGUAAGUUAAUUAACACAUGUAUGUACAUGUUUUGAUAUAACAUUUUUGAUUAAUUUAAUGAUUUAACAAUUAAAUUUUUUUUAAUUUAAAAUAAAAAUAUUACUACGUUUUUUUUAUCAUAUUCUUGUAUUGUCAUUCGAAUUUGAUCUAUAUUCAAAAUUUGAAGUUUCUGGCUCAUCGGAGAGUCAUUUAAAAUCAAUUACUAAAUUCCACCUGGAAUGACAGACAAACAAGAAUGUGACUUAAUAAAAAUGUGGUAAAAACAAGUAGAUAUUCUUUUAUGAUGAAGUGUCAUCAAGAUAAGUAACAAUAAUUCUUGGAUUUUUUUUUAAAUAGAAUAUCUGAGCAUUAUUUUUAUUACAAUCUGUAACUACUUAGCUUAGUGAUAAGUGUACCUGGCUAUCUAAAAUGUAUCUAGUGUAGUAUGUUGCCUUUACAUAAUAAUUUUACCUAAGUUUUUGGAAGAGAAGAAGAGGCGACAAAGGGAAACAAGCAGGAGAUGGGCAGCAGCAUCUUCCUGAUAAUAGCCAAAAUUACAAUAAAAAAACUGUGGUUGCCAACCCGCUCGCCAAGCGUGGCAACUAUGGCAAAUACCCCCCAAUGACUAAAGCAACAAACAGACGGCCCCAGUCCCCGGCGGCCCCGCUAUUCCUGGCUACGGUGGCGACCAUGGUAACGGCGGGGCAGGGGGUGCUAAGAAUCUCCGGUGGAGGUUCGGUUGCCACCUUAGACGACUCGACCUGGCAACGUACAACGCACGCACCCUGAGGACUGACGAGAAGGAUUAUCCGAAGUCCGAAGAAAGGGGGAGGACACGGUAAUCCUCGAAUCCGGCAACUUGCUCUAUCACCGGGAGGGCGACCAUCUGUCCCAAGGAGGUGUCGGAUUUAUCGUCCACAAGUCUCUCGUUAACAACGUUGUAAAGAUCGGGAGUGUGUCGACGAGGGUUGCGUACCUUAUACUCAGAAUCACCAAACGGUAUUCGCUGAAGGUCAUACAGGUUUACGCACCAACCUCGGCACACCCCGAUGAGGAGGUGGAGGAAAUGUAUGAGCAUAUCUCUAGAGCCAUGCAUUCCUCCAAAACCCAAUAUACGGUGUUAAUGGGAGACUUCAAUGCAAAACUAGGCACAAGAGAGAACGGUGAGCUGAAAGUAGGGAAAUUUGGAAUAGGGCAACGGAACCCAAGGGGCCAGCAGCUGGCCGACUUCAUGGAGAAAGAGGGAUUCUAUGGUGAACUCUUUGUUCCAGAAGCGGCCCCACAGGAAGUGGACCUGGUCGAGCCCCGACGGUCCGACAAAAAAUGAGAUUGACUUCAUUAUGACGACCAGACGACAACUGUUCAGUGAUGUCUCCGUGAUCGAGAGGGUAGCGAUCACCUAAUGGUUAGAGGCACACUUGGCACAAUGCGCUUCUUUCGAAGCUCCCUUCCUAUGGGCUUCCCAAGAAAUUGUGCAAUUGGAUCACCAGCUUCCUUGCAGAUCGGAGCAUCAAGGUCGUUGUAGACGGUGCAUGUUCUGACUACAAGCCUAUUAACGCUGGUGUUCCACAAGGCUGUCUGCUAUCACCAACGCUGUUUCUUCUGCAUAUCAAUGAUAUGUUGCUAACUGGUAACAUUCAUUGCUAUGCGGAUGACAGCACUGGUGAUGCCCUAUACACCGGCCAUGCCAAUAUUUCUCGGGAAAACAUCGCCGAGUACCGGAACAAACUUGUGUCUGAAGUCGAGUCUUUGCUGAACAAAGUCUCGGAUUGGGGGCGACUAAAUCUAGUCCAGUUUAAUCCUCAGAAGACACAAGUUUGCGCGUUAACCGCUAAAAAGAACCCCUUUGUCGUAUCUCCUCAGUUUCAAGGCACUCCCCUUCUUGCCUCAGUCAGUAUCGGAAUCCUCGGCGUCGAGAUAUCGAGUGACGUGCAGUUUCGUGGUCACUUGGAAGAAAAGGCCAAAUUGGCCUCUAAAAAGCUUGGCGUGCUCAGCAGAGCGGGACAGUAUUUCAUGCCGACACACCGCCUGCAACUUUGCAAGGCGCAUGUUUGGCCUCACAUGGAAUACUGUUCCCAUCUCUGGGCAGGGGCUCCCCAGUGCCAGCUCCUUCCACUUGACCGCAUCCAGCGCAGAGCGGCUCGAAUCGUCGACGACCGAACCCUUUCCGAUCGGCUCGAUUCAUUGGCACUGCGAAGAGAUGUUGCAUCCCUUUGCAUUUUCUUUCGCAUCUACCAUGGGGAGUGCUCUGAGGAAUUGUUCACUGCUGGCCAUAUGAGGAAGCUCAAGGUCGCUCAGCGAGCUAUGGAGAGGGCUAUGCUCGGAGUUUCUCUGCGUGAUAAACUUAGGAAUGAGGAUAUCCGCAGUAGAACCAGAAUAACCGACAUAGCCCAACUGAUUAGUAAGCUGAAGUGGCAGUGGGCCGGCCAUAUAGCUCGAAGAACCGACAACCGAUGGGGAAGAAAGGUUCUCGAGUGGCAGCCUCGUACCGGUAGGCGAAGUGUAGGGCGUCCCCCCACGAGAUGGAGUGACGACCUGGUAAGACAUGCAGGAAGUCGAUGGAUGCAGGUGGCUCAGGACCAUGCUUUGUGGCAUUCUUUGGGGGAGGCCUAUGUUCAGCAGUGGACUUGUGAAGGGCUGUAAUGAUGAUGAUGAUGAUGAUUUUGGAAGAUUGCCUUCCUCAUAGUUUUCUCAUAGGAUAUUAGCCAUGGUUGUUAUGCUUGGCUAGUUUAUGCCGGACAUAAAAUACCCUGAUGAGCAAUGAGGAGCAGCAAUAAAUUUAUGAGAGAUUGAGUACUGUGAACAUCUAUCCGCCUACCAAGUGUGGUGAUUAAGCCAAAUUCUCCUUGCUGGGGAAAAGCCCAGGUCCAGCAAAUAAUAUUUUAUAUGUGGUAGAGCCAUGCUGCAGCUAUAUUAGUGGUAUAGUUGUAGCACGAAUGGGUCGGCUCGACCGGAGAAGGACCACGCUCUCACAGAAAACCAGCUUAAAAUAGCAGCUUAACACUGCUGUGUUUCGUAUGGUGAGUGUAGAGAACCGGAGACCCUUUUUACUGGCAAAGAGGCAUUCCGUCUUAGUCCUCACGGGUGACAACGCAUCUGCAUCUUGAGUCUUUAUUGUGGAUAGAUGUAGAUGUCUAUGGGUCGCAGUGGCCACUUACCAUCAGGUGGACUGUGUGCUCGUUUGUCACCCUAUCCUAUAAAAAAUAAAAAAGUUUACAGCCUGAUGAAGAACAAGAAGGUGGAGAUUGUUGUUCUUACAUUCAGUCUAUAUCUAACUUCAUUUUGGCUUCUUUCUGGUUGGGUAUACUUGCAAUAACUAUAAUGAUGACUGUUGUGAAUAACUGUUUUAAAAGUCCAGUGCUAAAUGUGGGUCUCUCCCAUUCAAAUUGAAAAUAAAUUGUGAACAGUUGGCUGUUAGUAAAAGUUUAAAACCAUUGCAGAGAGGAUUGGCUUUAAUCAGCUUCACAUGUAUUGAUGGUCACGGUACCAGACAUUUUGGACUGAUGCUACUUCCAAUACAUAGCAUUAUUACCAUCUUGUUUACGCAGUGUAUUUUGCUUAAGAAAUGAUUAUUAAUUACAUGUCCUUUGUGCAUUGUAAAAUGGAUUGUAAGAAAAGAAAAAAAAAUAUGAUUUCUUGUAGGUACUAUAACUAAAAACAUUUAUUUUUGUUGUUUAUGCUUCCAGACAUACAACAGCCAGGUCUCUAUGUCCAACACCUAUCCCAGCAGCACCAGUCCCUCAGAGGUCUAAUGGGAUUAUAGCAAAGGCCUUGGAUUAUGUACUAGGGUGGUGACAAAAACUAUUUAGUAUAUUUUAUGAAAAACAUGUAAGAUCACGGAAACAAAAAGUGCUAAAAGAAUGGCAUUGAUGAAACAGACUGGUUUUUCUCUGUACAUAUAAGAACUUAUCCUUUCAUAAUAACUUUGAAAUGGAAUAAAAAUAUCGCUUACUAAUUGAUCAAUGUUUAUUUCUAAAUGUUACAUACAAAAUCCAAUGAUAUUUUAAAAUAUGGAUAUGUUAAGUGCAAAAAAGAGUCUUCGAAAACUGUAUUAAGUUGACAGAGACACAGCUUCAAAAUGUCAAUAUAGUAUGAGGUAAUUGGAAAAGAAAGUCUAGAUGAUAAAAUUAUAGCUAUAAAAUAAAUUAAUUUGUUAUAGAUAUUUGCGCUUUGAUAGAGAUUUGACUGUAAUUAUAUGUCAAAAUGUGUUAAUCUAUUAGUCUUCAACUGGAUUAUGUUAUCUAUAUUUUUCAAAUAUCAUUGACAAAUCCAUUUUUAAAUACAUGUUAGUUUGUAAAAUCAAAUGCAUGUUUUUAGAUAUUUAAUAAAAUAUGUAAUGCUUACUUUUAUCAAGUGUGAAUAUAUGAUACAAAAAAAUACAUUCCACACAGGUACUUCUUUUCAUCAUGUUUCAGUUAAAAUGUGGCUAUAAAUACAUAUACAUUACAAUGUUUCUUUUGUUUUAUAAUACCGUUGAUUUGCCUAUUUUCUUAACAAUAUUUGACUUUGUAAAAGUUACAAUUCUUAGAUAAAUUAUAAAGCAUCACAGUA